AUGUCGGACACAGAGCAGGAGUGGAAACCCAACCCUCGCCGCCCGCAGUCCACCAUGGCUCAGGCUUUCUCACUUGCACUUGACAGUGCUUUUAUGCUUGAUAAUGAAGUCAAUGACCUGACACAGUCUAUUGAACUGAAGAAACAGCGCAUGACCAUUCAAACACGGGAGCUUGAAGCCCUCCAAGCCCGAAUCCGCGAGACUGAAGAACGUCUACAGCGAGAGCAGGCUGCCAAAGAGGCGGCCAAGAACGCUGAAAACAACACUCUCCAGGGCACGGACUCCGCGCAACAAGGCCGAGGUGAGAGUGACCUGGCCCGGGCCCUUUCUCCCACGUCGUCGACUCUCUCGGAUGAGCAUCAGUCUGAUGAAGGCGCUACAGAUUCUGACACUUCGGCAGCCACUUCGAACGACAUGGAUGAGCAAGAGGAUGACGGCAAAGGAAAGCCCCGUGCUUGA